CGGGCGCCGUCAGCAAUGAAGCCUGGCGGCGCUGAGGACGAACUCGGGCGGGACGGCCCCGCCCCGCGCGCACAGGGCUCUCCCGGGACCCUCGAGCGAGCCUUCUCCGAGAUCCUGCGCGGCCUGAGCCGCCAGGAGUCAGGCGUCCUGGAAGGCCUCGCUGCUCUGCUAGCAGCCGCCGAAUGUGACGAGUUGUUUGAGGGGACGAGGAGCGGUGAGUCGCCCCGGGGCACGCCCGAGGUCCUGGGACAGGUGGCGAAGGCCCUGGAGAAGCUCGCAGCCCCAGCCGAGGAGAAGGAACAGGGAGGCGACGGGCAUUCCGAAGUGGCCGGGAAAGCAACCGAAGUCGGGCUACUCUUUGUUAAGCUGUUGGGGAAGGUUGAAGCUGCCAAGAGUUCUCCCGCGUGCCCCGCCGCCUGGAAGACGGGCCUCCGCCACUUGGCAGGACCCGCGUAUGUUUUUGCCACUACACACAGGCUGAAGCAGCCGUGGACCAGUCCCAGAUCUCAGUACGUGGCUGACGAGGUGCUGUCCUCACUGCUUCGAGUUAGUGGGUGCAGUUCCGUGUCAGGAUUCCUGUGCGGAGAGAAUGAAGACGAUCCAGGGCGAUUUGCUGUGGUCUUGGGGCUUCUUAAGCCCCAUUUGAAUAAGGAGUCCUGGAAGAAUAAUCCUGCUGUCAAACAUGUUUUCUCGUGGACCCUGCAACAAGUCACUCAACCCUGGCUGAGCCAGCACCUGGAGAAGACUCUUCCUCCGUCUUUGCUCAUCUCAGAUGACUAUCAGACUGAGAAUAAAGUCCUGGGUGUGCAGUGCCUCCAUCACAUUGUGAUCAAUGUGCCAGCUGCUGAUUUGCUACAGUACAACAGAGCCCAGGUCUUAUACCAUGCCCUUUUCAAUCACUUGUACAUGCCAGAGCACCAUCUCAUUCAGGCUGUGCUCCUGUGUCUCCUAGAUUUAUUCCCUGUCCUUGAGAAAGCUCGGCACUGGAAGGGAGAUGCAGCUCGAGCCACUACACAAUGUCACGAUGUCCUACAACUGAUUCUCACCCACAUGGAGCCCGAGCAUCGCCUUCUCCUACGUAGAACUUAUGCCAGAAACCUGCCAGCUUUUGUGAAAAAGUUGGGGAUUCUAACUGUCUGGCACUUGAAGAGGCUGGAGCGAGUUAUCAUUGGUUAUCUGGAGGUUUAUGAUGGACCAGAAGAAGAAACUAGGUUGAAGAUACUGGAAACCCUGAAACUUGUCAUGCAGUAUACUUGGCCCAGAAUUUCCUGCAGAGUUGUGGUCUUGCUGAAGGCUCUCCUGAAACUGAUAUGCGAUGUAGCAAGGGACACAAGCCUCACAACUGAGGCUACUAAGUGCACCCUGCUCCAAGAAGCCACAGACUGCCUGGUUCUCCUGGACCACUGUUCUCACGGGCAGGUGAAGGGUCUUCUGUCUAAAAUUGUCCUAUCCUGUGAGGACAGCACAGUGGUGAGCUACAUCAGGAAAGUGCAGCAGAGCUCUGCAGCUGCUCCCUGUGAUAACACUUAGAUGGGCGUUUUUCCUAUCCCAGAUCUUAUGGACAAAAUUAUGGAAAAAUCUAUUUUUAUAUUAAAGAUUGUAAGUUGGAACUUUGUUUCCUUCAGUUUAUCCUUAUGAGAGAAACUGAACAAUAAAGAAGAAAUUGAAGCCUG